AUGGCCACCACCGUACCACCCAAGAUUUCAGUCACGAGCGUCGCGUCGUCGGACUCUGGCGACCAAAUCAGCGCGUUUCGUCGCGCGUCAGUGGCCGCCAGGCUACGCGACAGUGCAUCAGACUCCCCCAUCUCGCCGCUGGGCGUGCCGUCAAACAACUCCAGGUUUCCCGGCCCAGUGUCAGCUCCUGCCGCCUCUGCCUCUGCCUCUGCCGCUGCCGACGACACUGGCCUCUACAUGCCCAAGACAAAUGCCUAUGCCGCCAAGGACACGAUCCCCAACACGCCGCUCGUGGCGAGCAUGAUCUCGGCUGGUCUCGGCGCGCUCGCUGGCAUCGCAGCGUUCAGUGCUGUCCGCCCCGUCCUCGCGCUUCUCGGCGCGGACAGCUGGACAUGGGCGCGCCCCCAGCUCGGCAUCUACCUCGCUGCCAUGGGUCUCUUCCACCUGCUCGAAUUCUGGACCACGGCAGGGUGGAACUAUGACAAGCUCUCUGUCGACGCGUUCCUCCUCAACAACACCAUGGACUACCACAUUGCCCACGCCGUCGGCCUCGCCGAGUACUUUAUCAGCUCGUACUUUUGGCCUGCCAAGUUCCAGUCGGUGUUUGCGUCGGUCCCCGUCCUCGCUCUUGCUGUGGGACUCCUCGUUGCUGGCCAGACAUUCCGUUCCCUCGCAAUGGUGCAUGCCGGUAACAGCUUCAGCCACCUGGUGAAAAAGGUCAAGCUCCAGGACCACACCUUGGUUACUACGGGCGUCUACGCUUACGUCCGUCACCCGAGCUACGUCGGCUUCUUCUACUGGGCACUGGCCACCCAGGUGCUCCUGUCCAACGUCGUUAGCACGGCUGCAUUCUGCCUCGUCCUCGGCCGCUUCUUCGGGCACCGCAUCAAACUCGAGGAGGUCCACCUCAUCCAGUUCUUUGGCGACAAGUACCUCGACUACCGAAGGAAGGUCGGGUCGGGUCUCCCCUUCCUCGGCGUCUAA